AUGGAUUGUCAAAUUGGGAUCGUGGAACGUGACUCCCAGCUUGGUGGAGAGAGUGGAAACGUGGAGGACAUGCUACUAAGCAUGUUGGAUGAGAGGGAUCGCUUGAUGGUUGGACUGAAAGAAGCUCGUGAAGAACUGCAGGCCAGCCAACUUCGUCUUCGAGAUUUGGAAAAAGAACGCGACAAUCUGCAAAUCCAACUAACCAGCACUAUUCCCGCCGUGGAGUUGAACGGCCGCACCUCCCAAUCCUGGCGAGCAGACAUGCAGGCAUACGAUGACGCACACAGCGAUAACGUGUCAUUGAUCUCAGUGGAAUUAUUUGUUGCAUUUUUGAUGGAGAUAGUUGUUAUUGACCAAGGGAAUCGAUUUUUGGUUUGUGCCAUCAAUACAAUUUGUACUUCUUUCUCACCCGCGAAAUGGACUGAUAGUGACAGUAUCUAG